AUGGCUCAAGCGGUUGAAGAGUGGUACAAACAGAUGCCAGUUAUUACAAGAUCCUAUCUCACUGCGGCUGUUGUCACCACCAUCGGAUGCUCCCUCGAGAUAAUUUCUCCGUAUCAUUUGUACUUGAACCCUAGACUGGUUGUGAAGCAAUAUCAGUUUUGGCGUUUGGUUACUAAUUUCUUGUACUUCCGGAAGAUGGAUUUGGAUUUCUUGUUUCAUAUGUUUUUUCUUGCUCGGUACUGCAAGCUUCUAGAAGAGAACUCGUUCAGGGGAAGAACUGCUGACUUUUUUUACAUGCUCUUAUUUGGUGCAUCUGUAUUGACUGGAAUCGUACUUCUUGGGGGAAUGAUACCUUACUUAUCAGAAUCAUUUGCAAAAAUUAUAUUCCUCAGCAACUCCUUGACGUUUAUGAUGGUUUAUGUUUGGAGCAAACAGAAUCCCUAUAUUCACAUGAGCUUCCUAGGUCUUUUUACUUUCACUGCCGCCUACCUUCCAUGGGUUCUCUUGGGGUUCUCUGUUCUUGUUGGUGCCAGUGCCUGGGUAGACCUACUGGGAAUGAUUGCUGGCCAUGCAUACUAUUUUCUUGAAGAUGUCUAUCCUAAGAUGACUGGUCGUAGGCCCCUAAAAACGCCAUCACUCAUAAAAGCGCUAUUUGCUGAUGACCCAGUUGUUGUGGCACGACCUGCCAAUGUUAGAUUUGCUGCCCCUCAAGCUGACGAACUUCACCAAGAUUGA